ACUUGUUUCAAUAUUUUAUUUGGAAAAGCAACAAGUUUUGAUGUUUUUUGUUUACUUUCUACUUAUAGAGUAUCUUAAUUGCCUGUCGCUCAUGUAGUUGUUAUCAUCGAGUGGCUUUCGAAUCAACUUCAUAAGCUGCUGUUCGUGUUCUUAGAUGAUAUAGUUGGUAUUUCAGGAUCUUGAAGUCUAGUGAAGUUGGAGAUUUAAUUCUAAAAUUUAAAAUUGUGCAUUAAAAUUGCUCAAUUUCUAUUUAAUUAAAAUUCAAAGCCAAAAGAUCUCAUUAAUUAUUUUAAAUUUUAUUGUGCAAUUUGUGGCUUGUUACUAGAUUUUAUAGAACAAUUAGUUUAUUCAAAAUGUCACUGGAUCCAAAAAGUUUGAGAUAUGAAACAAAAGAAAUAUUCACACCUACUUUGGAUGAGCUAGCUAAAGCAAUCACCCGAGGCCUCAACAAUAACUUUGCUGAAGUCACUUUAUCAAUUGUUGACUGUCCAGACCUAUCAAAAGCACCAUUCCAUUUAGCAUCAUCAGGCAUAGAUGGUGACACUGUUGUCUUGGAAUAUGGAAGUCCAGAUUAUUUAUUGCCACUUGUUGAUAGAUCGAAAAUUUACGACUUAGUUCCACUUGUUAAAAAUAUUCAAGGAUUUGAAAAUAAAGAUUUUUUCUUAGCUGGUGCCGGUGCCGGUCCACAUCCAUUAAUUAAUCAAAAUUGUGAAGGAAUCAUGAAUUUAAAAGUUGAUAAAAAUGGUAAAAUUGUGAAUGAAACUCACAUUUCAAGAGUAACUGAAGAUGGAUUAAUGGAAGUCCAAAAAGUGCCAACAGCAGAAACACGAAGUGCUUUACUUGGAAAUGUUUUCUUGUCUGAAGGAAGGGCUGGAAAAGUUUUGAAAGUUUCAUGCAAAAAACGCAUUGGAACUGAAAAUUUCAUAUCAUCAAUGCGACUGUCAAUGGCUAAGCACUUUAAAGACACAACAGUUGGUGUCGGUGGAGUUUUCUUGCUCAAAAAAGGUAAAGCUAAGCAGCACGUGAUGGAUGAUUUCUCAAAAACUCCAAUAAAUACUGAAGAUGAGCUAAACAAUUGGCUUAAAUUCUACGACAUGUCAGCUCCACUUAUUGCUGUUGGAACUUUUGUGACUGAUGAGGCUGAUUUAGAUUUGAGAUUGCAACAUUUUCAUAGUUUUUCGCAGCACGGAGAGGCUGGACAUUAUCAUUAUGACGUAACACCUGAUAUUGCUGAGUAUGAGGGGUACUUUAAUGUUGGUGCUAGAAUUGUUCGGAUUGAUCGACCUGAUUCAUCCCUAAAAUUCGGACGCGACUAAGCAGAAACGAGUUCAAAUGAGAAAUAAUUGAUAAACAGCAUGUCAGGAGAGCUGAGUAGGCAUGAAAAAUGUUCACACGACUUACGUCAAUCUGGAAUUAUCAUUUUUCUUAUUCAUCGUGCUGAUGAAGUUCAAGUUUCUUAUCAAGAAUUUGUAUUGUAAAAUAAUUAAAUAAAAUUU